AUGUCUAGCGAACUUCAGUUAGUCAGUACACUUCGUUAGGUUAAAAACACACAAUAACAUUUUCCGUGACAAAAGUUCUACAUAAAUCGAAAAGGACCUUACUAUAUUCCCUGUAGCUUCUAUUUCAAGGUGAUAAAUUCGCUUUUCCCGAGACACGAUGCAUAAUCUGCAAACGGAGUCGGAUCGCGUUGCCAAUGGAGUCUGGGAUAACCCGGGAGUUUCGAUCUUCGCCACCGCCGCCCAGGAGCCCACGGCCAACCUGCUAACCCACAUGAAACCAAUGCCGAAUGGCGAGUACGACUGUGUUUCUGACAAGGAUGUGUGCCGUAUUUGUACACAGUCGUCUGGGGCGGAAGCCACGUUGUACCGACAGGUCAAACACCAGGUGGAGGAAGUAGCCGCCGUGCUCAACAGUAAUCUGCGUCCUGGCCAGCGGCAGGAGCAAACCGAUGUGGAUGUAACCGUGGCCCUGGCCAAGGAGUUGGCCCGCCAGCAGGUGGAGGCCAGCAGGUGUCUGCAACUCCAUCGCAAUGUGGCGAAUCUGAGGGAUCUGGAGAUGGAGGUGGCCCGGGCUCACACUGCCUUGGCUGUUAAGAACAAGAUCACCCUUAACAUCAAGCAGACGGUGGAGGAUAAGCAGCGGGAGCGGGCCGAGGCUUUGGCGGAGCAGCGAGCCGUGGAAAAGGAGUUGCGGGAGGAGAAGCAAAGAAGGGCUCAGAAGGCAGCCAUCUUCCGUAGGGAUCUCAUGGCCCAGAUCACCGAGGGUCGCACCAAGCGGAUCCAAGAUCACCAGAAGUCCGUGGCGGAGGGUCGUCUAGAGCUCAAGGAAUGCAGGGACAUAGUGGAGCAGGAAAGCCUCAAGGAUGCAAUUACGAAGGCGGAGCAGCGCAGGGUGCUUCUCGAAUCCCUCGACCAAUCGGCAGCCAUGUUGAAGCAAACCCGCGAGGCCUACGCUCUGGCCCAAAAGAAUAAGCCGGAGAGAGGACUCCUUGAUGCCCUGGGACCCGUUACGGCGGCCUACGUGUCCAAGGAGCGGAAACGCCGCCUACAAGAGAUCGAGGCCAGGGACAUAAAUGCCGCUCGGCUGGGCUUCCAGCUCAGUCAGAUCAAGCACGAUCUGGAGUCCCGAGAUCAGCUGAUCACCAGUCUGCUGAUCCGCGAGCACAAGGCCAAGGAGAACGCGCUGGCCUUGGAGCAGGCCAGGACCAAGAUGGCCAAGAAGCAGGAGAUCCGCGAACAGCUGCUCAGCCAGCGGGAGGAGCAGAAGUUCUUCCGAGACAAGGGAGUGCAGGAUGCCCUGGUCAUGCCCAAGGAUCCCAUGUGCUUCGGCGAACGGCAGUAUCGAAUGCAGGUGGCCCAGCGGGAGAACACGCGGCGAUUGGAUGUCCAGUGCUACCAGGACAUGGCCCACAUGGUCGUAGAGGCCAAAAACCACAGGAAAGCUGCCGCCCAGGAGGUGGCCGACAUUAUCCAGGAGGUGUACAACGUACAGAAUCGCCAGGAUGAGCUGGUGGCCAUUGAGCGGAUGAAGGUGCUCUCCAAGCAGCCGCCUGAAGUUCUUUCGGCGCUCAAGAAAUCCAUCCUCACCGAAGAGGAGAUCAGCUCUUUGAACCUCAAGAAGUAAUUAAUGAGUUUUCAUUUAAUACUCGUUAGAUACUUGUAUUCCGCUGGCAGAAAAUACAAAAAAAAGCGCUUUUGCUUGAGUUUCCUUAUCCCCA